AUGUAUCCUUUCAAAACCAUUGGACCCUUUGGAGGCUCUGGUGGCACUCCAUGGGACGACGGAGUACAUACUGAUGUGAGGGAGAUUAAUAUUCAUUUCGCCGGCCACGGAGCCUGCGGCAUAGGGAUUGUGUACGAUAACAAGGGUUCCUUAGUCCAAUGCUCUCAUCAUGGCAGAAAAACCUCAUCCACCGGGCAGAUCAAGCUGGAUUAUCCUAAGGAGCGUCUGGUUUCAAUAUCGGGCUCGAUUAACAGAAAUGGAAACAGUACUAACACUAUCAUCUAUAACCUGAGAAUACGUACCACGGAGACCACUUACAAGCCAUUUGGGAGGAAAGAAGGGUCAAAGGAUGGAAAUUUUGCAUCCCACCAAAACCAGGCAAAGAUGCUCCAAGGAGCAGCUGAGGUAAUAUUUGGAUGGGGGAAACUAGUCAUCAAGAAAGGAAAAUGA